AUGGCCCGCAAACUGGCCCUGCUGGUCAUAUUAAUGCACGCAAUCCAAAUCCUCGCGCUUCCUACUCCCUACGAAAACUCAAUCGCAUUCAAAUCCGUUCUGUCUGGCAUUACACAAAACAAUCGACACUACUUCCCAGAAACCAUCCCCGAUCAAGAUGAGCUCAUAGUCAUGUUGAAGGAGACAGCCAUGCGCGAAGCAGGCUUCGUGCUCUCGUCAAACCCGUCUCCAGACCCGCAAUCAAAGGAGCAUAAAACGGAGACGGAGCUUCAUAAAUCACAUCCGAAUCCGCAUGCAGCGAUCGGCACGGAUGCAACGGCAAAACCACAACCGAAUAGCUACCCAAAGCCGAGACAAUCCAAGUCCGAGUCCCGUGUGAAGGAGUCUUUCGUGGUCGCAUUAGGAUCAUACAACUACCCGAUCUACUGGCCGCCGUUUGGGUUCUUCGUUGUCGCGGCUGCCUUCGUGUGUUUCUGUACGAUACUGCGGGGGAUCCGCGCGAAGAAGUGA